UUUAUUUGGAAGCACUAGCUUUCGCGGCGCUGCCCCUUCAUUAAUCAGGGUGACAUUGGCUACCUUUAAAUACAUAUUGGCUCUGACCAUAUACAGUCAUGCACAUGAUUAGGUCUGUAAUCUUUCACUUUCGAUUGUCGUUCACGGAAGGAUGUUUCCGAGCAAUGACAAGACGAAUAGAGUUAUAAAGGAUAAUACCCGUCCCCCGAGGAGGGAACUCAGUUUGAAUCCUCCCCAGACCUCUCCGGUAGAGUAACCUGGUUCCAGACCGAGGGUUGACAAGCGGCAAGGCUGAAGCUGCGAUCUCAGGGAAUUCAAGCCAGGAGUAAUGGCAGAAUUCCCGGUGUUAGUGGAGGGACUGCCUGUCGAGCUGGACUCUGUCAAAAGUAAACUCGCCAUUUAUUUCCAAAGCAAAAAGAAAUCCGGCGGAGGAGAAUGUGAGAUCAAAGCACACGAAGAUCCGAGGAAAUUCCUGGUCUACUUUAAAAAUGAACAGGUGAAGGAAAAUGUGUUGAAGAAGGAGUUCCAUACAGUGCAGCUAAUGAGCUCAGAGACUGUUCCGCUUCGAGUUAUCGAGUAUGAGUCCGGCAAUAGGAGAAAAAGGUCUGAGAGCCCCAAUAAAUUUACAGCAAGCUCCAGCAAAAAGCUAGCAAUAGAACAAAGCCAAUUACUGACCGGUUCACAAAGCCACAACAGCCAUGAACAAAGCCCAACAAAGGGAUUUCAAAAUCAAGAGUCUUCAGUUCCAAUUGAAGAAUCAGGUCUUGAUCCAUACGACACAGAGGACAGUUGCCUCAAUCAGUUGCUGAUCAACAGUGACGGUCCAUUAGAUACAGAUGUUGUCGCAAUGUAUUUUGAGAGGUUUGCGUCAGAUGUGGAAAUCCAUGUAAAUGAUGAAACUUCUUGGUUUGUAACCUGCUCAAGCAAAGAGGAUUUGGAGAAAAUAAUUUCACAAAAACAGCACAAGCUGGGUGGCAAAACUCUGGAUGUGCAAUUAUAUGAUAAAAAGAAAGAAGAUGAUAAAUAUGAGCCCCGAACUUUUCUUCUGAAAGGUUUUGAUGUUAAUUCGAGAGUAGAUCAUAUUUCACUGUACGUUGACAGCCUGAGCAAUAACACACGGCAUCAGAUUGAACCUUUGCAGGAUGGUGAAAAUGUAAUGAUCAUAUUUGAGACUGAUAUAGACACCAACUCCUUUCUGAAGAAUUGUGGUCAGAAGCCAUUUGAAAACCAUUAUAUCACUGCCCAACGUCUGGCCAAGACAAAUUCGGUGCAAAUAGAAGGAGUUCAGCCCAGUUUGAGUGAUGAUUACCUGGACUUGUACUUUUCAAAUACAAAUCGCAGCGGCGGUGGGGAUGUCACAGAAAUCAUUGUUCAAAGACAUGCAAAGAAAGCCAUUAUUCAUUAUCAAGAUCAUGAGGUGGUAACAAGAGUUAUCGAGAGGGAACAUUGCCUAAAGGGUAUUCAGCUGUCUGUUAACCGUUAUUACCAUGAUCAGCAAUUAUCAUUGUGUGUAAGUAAUGAUCCAAAAUUCAAACUGCCUGAACAAUAUAGCAUUUGCAUCAAUCCCAUUCUUCUCAACUACAUUGAAAAGACUCGUUACUAUAAACAAGAGUUAGAAGAAAUUGCGAAGAGUGUUUAUUGUAACAUUACCUUUGCCAACUCUGCAAAUGCAAGUGAAAUGAUUCUGAAGCCAUCUUUUGAUGCAAAUAUAUUGCUGUAUUACAAAAUUGCUAAGGACUGGAAGAAGCAGGCAGAAGAGGCAAUUCGGAAAUUCAUUGAGCAAUUUGACUUCAGAGACUUUCCAACAGAUAAAGAAUUGUGGGAAAAGGUGAAGAACAGAAGUAGGGGACUGAAAGCACCUGGCCUUGAUGUUUGUUAUUUUUCUGCACAAAACAAGGUCAUCCUUGUUGGCAAAAAAAAUAACACCUUGGAAGCUUCCAAAAUCCUAGAGGGAAUAUUGGAAAAGGCAAGGAAAGAAUUAGCUAUCAUAAGGAAUACUGUUGAAGAGCAGAUAUUAUUGCAAUGCCUUGAGGAGUUGGAGUUUGUGCAAAGCCAUGUCAAAGCCACUGUUUCCUCUGUGGAAAUAUCCACCUGCAAAGCUCCCCCUGCCUUAAAACUGAAAGGGCUGAAGGAAGAUGUUUGCCAAGCUCUCAAAAUCAUCAGCCAAUUUCAGUCGCAAUUAGAAAGGAAACCUCUCCAUCAGUCUUCAUGCAUUAUGGAUUUUAUCAAGUCGUUAGACCUCAAGGAAUUUGUGCAAACUCACUUCAUUCAAAAUGGCAUAAAGGCAACAUUGGUGCACGGACAAUCUGUUGAGCUCUUGGCUGUCAAGGCAGAUGUAAGUAAAGGGGAAGAUAAAAUAAAGCAACUUUUCCAGGAAAUUAGGAUUGACUUGACUCCACAACAAAUCAAAGUCACUGAAGAUGACAAGUGGAAAAGAUUCUUCAAUGAUUUGGAAGUUGACAUGAAGUCAAACAAUGUAGGCUGCAGAAUCAGAGAGGAGAAAAAUCAAGGUGCCAUAUUAAUUGCAGGAUAUUCAAACAUUGUUGCUGAUGUUGCAAAAAUGAUAAAUAAUUACCUGGACAAUAAGAAGGUGAUUACACAACUCAUAUCUGCCACGGUAAUGCAGGUGGACUAUGUGGAAAAUUGCUUCACUCUUUCAGAACUACCUGAAAUGCAAAGCAAAGGCAUAAUUAUAUCAUAUAUCAGAAAGCCUUCUCCAGGUAUAAAAAUAUCUGGUGCAGCAGAGCAUAUGAAUAAGGCAGUUUCUGCUAUUAAAGAUAACUUAUCACAGAUUCAGUCAACAACUUAUACUUACAGCAAGCCAGGAGAGGCCAGAGCUCUGUCUAAACAUAAAGACAUCCUAAAGGUCAAGGCCAAAGGUCAUGGCUGCAUGUUGUUAAUUGAAACCAAUGAGGACUACCAGAGUUUGACAAGUCACCCACAGCCUAUCAUUGCACAACAGAAACAAACCCACAUUACACCAACAUUAUCUCCCAACGCAUCUACAUUGUCACCUACAGCAAUACAAAUAAGUGGGAUAACAAUUACUCUAAAAAAGGGUGAUAUCACCCAGGAAAGUACAGAUGCAAUAGUAAAUUCUACCAACAGCACUUUAGACUUAAAUUCUGGUGUGUCCGGUGCGAUACUACAAGCUGCAGGCAGUUGUGUACAAGAAGAAUGCAAGGCCCUAGAGCUCCAGCCUUCUGCCAACUAUCUACAGAAUCUACUGCUGGCUCUCUCUGGGAAAAGAGGUAAACAAUCAAAUGAUGGUGUUGCAGUCACACAAAGUGGCAAACUUCAUUGUAGACUAAUAAUGCACAUGGUUGGGCCCACAACAGCAACUGGGAUCACAGCUUCAGUACAUAACGUUCUUAAGGAAUGUGAGAAGCAUAACGUCACUAGUGUUGCAUUCCCAGCCAUAGGGACAGGUAAAGGUGAAAUCAGUUGCAAAACUGCCAUCCAUGCUAUCUUCAGUGGACUGGAGAAUUAUUUCUCAAGUAUUUCAACGUCCAGCAUGAAAUCUAUUUCCAUUGUGGCAUUUGAGCAAUAUGUUUAUGACACAUUUGCUGAGGCUUUUGAAGAGAAGAGUUUGACUUCCAGCGUUAACAAGAUGGGCACAGCACAGAUGACUAUGAACCCACAAGGUAGUAUCACUACACAAGGUAAAAGGGGUGGUCUAUUGCCUACACAGCUGAAAAUCCACAAUGUUUUUGUGGAAGUGAAGAAAGGAGACAUAACCAAUGAGAGUGUGAAAGCAAUAGUGAAUUCUACAAAUACAACAUUAGAUCUCAAUUCUGGUGUCUCUGGGGCAAUACUUGCAAAAGCUGGCAGUACUGUUGUAGAUGAAUGUAAGAAACUGGGUUCUCAGCCUAAUGAUGGUGUGGUCGUUACCAGUGGUGGCAACCUUACCUGUGAUUAUAUCAUACAUAUGGUCGGUCAAAGCAGUCCAGCAUUGAUAACUGCCUCAGUAGAAAAAGUAUUGCAAGUAUGUGAAAACCAUCAGAUCACCACUGUAUCUUUCCCUGCUCUAGGAACAGGUAUGGGAGGAAUGAAUCCACGGGACACUAUGGAAAGCAUGUUGAUUGGAUUUGAAAAUCAUUUGUCACAAAAUAAACCAUCCAGUAUUAAGCUUGUUUACAUUGUUGUCUUCCAAACUGACAUGUAUGAUAUUUUUUCUGACGUCUUGCUACAAAAAUCGCAACAGAAAUUCAACUCUGUAGAAGUAACCAUUGGCAAAGUAAAAUUGGUAGCUGCUCAAGGUGACAUCACAGCAGAACAGACUGAUGCAAUUGUAAACUGUACAAAUGUCAACCUUAACCGAAACAAGGGGGUUUGUGGUGCUAUCUUAAAAGCAGCCGGACAGUCAGUAGUGGAUGAAUGUAGCCAACUAGGUGUCCAAAAUGAAGACACUGUUGUAAUCACAAAAGCAGGAAACCUUCAAGUGAAGUAUAUCAUACAUUUGGCAGGCUGGCUUAAAGCACAAAAUACAAAAGGAUCUUUAGUAAAAGUUCUGAAGGAAUGCGAAAACCUAAAAAUAAGUUCAGUGUCCUUCCCAGCAUUGGGCACAGGUGAAGCAAAACUGAAUCCUCAAGAUAUUGCCAAUGCACUGCUGGAUGCAAUAAGUGAUUAUGUGGUGGACUUUGUUCAACCUUCACUCUCUUUGAUAAGGAUUGUAUUGUUCCAUUCAUUCAUGCUGGAUUCAUUUCGCCAAUGUAUAGAGAAGCGUUUCAAGCAUUCCCAGUCCACUGUGAGACCUAUUGAUGCAGUUCGACCUAUUUAUCCAGUCAUUCUGACAGCAACAAAGCAUUUGACUGCCACAGUUGAGAUAUAUGGUGUGAAGAAGGAAAACAUUGCUGGGGCACAGAAGGAUGUUGAAAAUAUCAUCAAAGAAUACUGCAUCAGCAAAACAAUCCCCACUACAGUUGCAGGCUGUUUCUUAGAUGACGAGAAGCAACAGAUCAUGGAUCUCUGUGAAAAAUACAACCUGAAAGUUGAAAUUCGGGAAAAGGAAAUAGUAGUAGACGGAUAUCACGCUGAUGCUCUGGAAUCCAUUGUGCAAGUGAACUCUAUGCUUCAAACUAUCACAAGAAGAGAGCAUAGAAAGCAGGAUGAGAUUCAGUUGAAGAAAACUGUCCAAUGGGAGAUUAUAACGGAUGAAUCUGCUCAGCCUUAUGAUCAAUCUUUAAACUAUGAAAUUGAGAGAGCUUACCUGGAUAAAAAGAAAACCAUAGUUUACAUGAAAAAUGGGGAAAAGUGCACAAUUGAUUUGACUUUGUUGCAAGAGAAAGACUCAAAAGGAAAUGUAGUGGAUAUUAAAAGAAGUGUCCUUCAAGGAGCAGUAUUUGAACUCCCACCAAACUGGAGUUACAUGAAAAAUCAGGAGGUGUUAAUAGUUCUUCUUCAGUCAGGUACACAAGAAUACAGAGAGGUGGUAAAAACAUUCAUGAAAUCUUGUGGGAAAACAAUUGUUGACAUUGUCAAGAUCGAAAGGGUCCAGAAUCGCAAGCUUUGGCAAAGUUAUUCUGUCAGAAAACAAAAUGCAGAAAGAAAGUAUCCUGGAAUGACUAUCGAGCAGAUCCUGUAUCAUGGAACCACAAAGGAAAUUGCCCAGAGAGUGAACAAAACUGGGUUCAACAGAAGCUUUUGUGGGAGAAAUGCUACUUACUUCGGAAAAGGAACUUACUUUGCUUUGGAUGCCUCAUAUUCAUGUGACAACAAAUACUCCAACCCUGAUUGUGAUGGAUGCAAAUGCAUCUACCAAGCACGGGUAAUUACUGGGAAGCUGUGCAAAGGAGAACCCAAUAUGCUGGAACCAAAGCCUGUAGACCCACAGAUCGACUCCGCUGACCUUUGUGACUGUGCAGUGAAUGAUGAAAACAGCCCUUCCAUUUUUGUUAUUUUUUGCGAUGACGGUGCAUAUCCAGAAUACUUGAUAACUUUUAAAACAAGAGUAGCAUGAGUCCAAAAUAACCCAAUCAAGCUGUCGUGCUUUUAUGGCAAAUCAUUAGAGUUUUAUUCACUUUCUUAGAAAAUCCAGCAUUCUGCAAAUUGCAUUUUUUGGGAUGUUCUUUUGUAACUGAUUGCCAAUGCAAGCUGUUUCCAAUGAGCAUGGAACAGCUUAACUUUAACGGACAAAAAGCGUGUGCCUUGUUUCUUUACCAUACAUUACCAUCUUAGAUGUUGAACCAGAAGUUGAAUAAUGGGAAUAUAGGUAUAGGAGUAAGCCAUUCAUUAAGACUGUCCUGCCAUUGAAUUAGUUCAUGGCUGAUCUUCUACCAUGUUGCCUCUUUUCGGUUUAAUGUCAUUAGUCUCCAAAAACACACUGAUUUCUGCCUUCAACCUGUUCAAUGUUUGAGCUUCCAUAACUCUCUGGAGUAGAAAAUUCCAAAGAUGAGCCCUUCUCUGAGUGAAGAAAUUCCUCUUCAUCUCAGUCUUGAAUGGCCUGUUCCUUAUCCUGAUUUUCCAUCUUCUUUCUUUGGAAUCACCAAUCAGGGGAACCAUCCUAUCCACAUCCACCUGUCAUAUCCUGUAAGAUCUUUGUAAGUUUCAAUGAGUUCACUUCUCCAUCCUGGAAACUCUACAGACCCAGUAGAAUGGAACCAGUUUCGUCAAUCACUCCUCAUUAGUAAAUCCCACCUUCUAGUGAUAAUCUAGUGAACCUCCAUUGAACUUUCUCUAAGG